UCUGGAAGUCUUCCUUUUGGGUUCCGAUAUUCGGUUUCUCUCAGUGCUGUGUCAAAAUCUGUGAGAAGAAAUGGCAGGAGUACUGCGAAUUAGUGUUGGGCGCUUCCUCCCGAGCGCCGCGAGGCCGGCGGCCGUGCCGUGUGUGCAGCAGAAGUGUGGCAUUUCCGGCAAGACGAUCAGAGGGUCGCAGAAGCUGGUGAAACCACCCCCUUAUCCGUACAAAACGAAGCGCUACGGCUUCUUCCAGGCGCUCUUCGACCACACCACCAAGCGUCUCGACGACAACUCGAAGAUCAUUGUGGUGGAGGGACCGUUGGCGGCCGGGAAGAGCAAGUUCGCGAAGGAGCUGGCGGACGAGCUGGAGAUGCACUACAUACCGGCGGCGCACAUAGACGCUCUGCUGAUAAACCCCUACGGCCAGGACUUCCGCUCGCUGGACGACAAGCUGCCGCUGAGCGUCCAGUCGUACGACGAGAAGAAGUUCUGCCAGACGCCGAAGCACCUCAACACCGCCGGCUACCAAAUCGACAUGUACUACAUCCGCUUCUGGCAGUACGUGGAGGCGCUGCAGCACGUGCUGAACACCGGCCAGGGCGUCGUGCUGGACCGCUGCGUGUACUCCGACAUGGUGUUCAUCGAGGCGAUGGCCAAGAACAACUACGUGUCGCGCGGCGCGCGUUCUGUGUACUAUGACGUGCGCAAGAACACCAUCGGUGAGCUGAUGCAGCCGCACCUGGUGAUCUACCUGGACGUGUCGGUGGAGCAGACGAAGAAGAACAUCCAGAAGCGCGGCCACGCGCACGAGCAGAACGCGCCGGCGCUCACGGAUCAGUAUCUGCGCGACAUGGAGUCGUUCUACAAGCAGCUGUACCUCAAGGACAUCAGCAUGCACGCCGAGCUGCUGGUGUACGACUGGAACGAGGGCGGCGAGACGGAGGUGGUGGCCGAGGACAUCGAGCGGAUCGACUUCGACCGCUUCGACCAGCACGACCCGAAGAUGAAGGACUGGCGGCUGCAGCUGGAGUGGGACUGGAACGAGGUGAGGAUGGGCUACAGCGUCCAGCGGCACAUCCUCGAGGCGCUCUUCAACGUGCCCCGGACGGACGUGCCGGAGCUCCUCGUCAACGCCGAAGACGCGGACGCGCUGCGCCUGCUGCAGAACGAGACGCCUGGCAUGAUCUACGCCAAGGGAUACAACAAGGAGAAGGACGGCAACCUUAUGUGGAAGUUGUAAAUUGGGCGGAAUUGUAGCAAAGGCAAUAAAUUAUCUAAAUAAACAUUGUUCCUCUCUUUGUGA